UAAGAAAUCAUCUGUUUGCGGUCUACGCUCACUAAAAACAGUCGGCAAUGUACAUUGGAGCUUCCAAAUAUAAUUUGUUUUAUUUAUUCUAUUUUUAGUGAUUAAAGUGGAAAAACAAAUUUUUAAAAGUUUUGCUUAUAUUUUUGUUAUACCUAUAAUUUCAUAAGUUUGUUUUGUAUUAAUUUUUAUUGCUUCGAUUCAAUAUAUAUAAGUGCUUCUCAAUAGAAAAACAAUUAUUUCUCACUAUAUUUAAAUUCUUUAAAUUACGCAUUUCUGUUCUGUAAUUUGCAUUAAAAAUGAUGAACUUACGGCAAGCAAUAAAAAUAUCAAAUAAUACAGCUAUUAGAGCAAUAGCAACAACAACGCCGCUAAGGGAAGGCGACUCUUGGUUAUCAAAAAUUUUUGUACGUAAAAUCGAACCAACGAAAGAAUCACACAGUCGCAUGCUUAGUGACAAGGAAAUUAUCUAUGCCUUACAUACGCAUAAUGUGCGUCCAGACUCGAUGGGACAAUAUUUAUCUAAUUACAAGAAAUCUGUACAACUUAUAAAUGCCAAAAGUAAUUCCUUGUCUUGCAAUUUGGUUGCUUCAUGGCAAGUUCAAGUUGGAGACAUGGAUCAGUGUUUACAUCUCUGGAAAUACACAGGCGGCUUUGAGAAAAUUGAUCAGGCAAAAGAAGAUUUGUGGCAUGACGCAGAUUAUUUGGGUUUGAUGAAUGAACGUUCUAAAUUUUUACGCUCCCGCCAUUUGCAGUAUUUGUUGCCAUUUAGCUAUUGGCCCCAAAUUGAGAGCCGCACCGGCAAAAAUAUUUAUGAAAUGCGUUCCUACCGACUUAAGCCUGGUACAAUGAUUGAAUGGGGCAAUAACUGGGCGCGUGCUAUUAACUUUCGACAAAAUAACAACGAAGCUUUUGCAGGAUUUUUCUCACAAAUUGGACGUCUUUAUAAUGUACAUCAUAUUUGGUGCUAUAAAUCUUUGCAAGAUCGUAAAGAAACACGAGAAGCUGCUUGGCGUUCACCCGGUUGGGAUGAGUGUGUCGCAUACACUGUGCCUCUAAUACGUGAAAUGCACUGCCGCGUUUUGUCGCCAACUGAAUUUUCGCCAACACAAUAAUUUUAUAAAUCAUUUUAUUUUAAAUCGCACAAGAAUUAGUUUGUAAAUAAUUGCAUUGGAUAAAUCUAUAUAGAGUUUUUGAAAGUGAAUUGGGAAUAAACUUAUAACGAUUUAAUUUUUGAAAUGUCAUUGUACAGUUGAGAUUAUAGUUUAAACAUUCAUUGCCGUUGCGUAUAUAAAAAACAUCCGUACAUUAUUAAAGAUCAUGUUUUGUUAUCGAUUGAAUUAAUAAGUAGUCAGCUGUACGUACUGUUAAAAUUGUUAUAACACUAUAUCAAAUUAUAUUAUUGUAAUAAUGAAGCAUUUAUUAUGUGAAAUAAAAAGAAUUUAUUAAAGUAAUUUUACACCUGUCUUGCACUAAGCGAAGUGACAAAUACGACUGGCUCAAUAAACCAAUUGCUCAUUGAACAUACCUUA